AAGGAGCGGCUCGGCAUGGCGGCCACUUUCGCUUUCGAUUCUGUCACAUGGGGCCGUGAAGGCGGAGAGAUCGGCGAGUCAAGCGGUCCUCAGUGUCUAAUAAAGAACAGACAUUUUGUAGCGGCCGAUUCUCAGCUAGAAAGAGAAAACUAAGCGGUAAACAUUCGAGGCCGGGGCCGCCCGCGAGAGACGAACAGAAUCGCCGGCGAGGAGCAGCGAGGGGAAUCCCCGAGGAGCCAUCGCGAGGCGCAGCGGAGCGGCGUGCAGAGAACCAGCGAUAAAGGCGGUUCACAGCUGCUCCAAGAUGGCGGUCCUGAGACAAACCACCAUGUACUCCUCCACCACCCCCUUUCUGUCCUCCAAGAAGGAACUGGAAUUUCACCACCUGGGGGACUGCAAAACUGGUGGUAAAUACGGUGCAGCGGAAGUGCCAGAAAAAGAAAUUGUCACCAGCCUGUCGGACUACCCUGCCUUAGCCAAGGCCAUCACAGAAGGCACUGCCAAUCAAGUGGACAAAGCCCCCGAGAAGUGCUGCGUGUCCGUCAUCGCCCAGGCCGAAUAUGAAGGAAAACAAGAGUUCAGCCCCACCUGCUCCAAAGGACCCAUCAUCUGCUCUCCAAACUGCUUCAGAUCUGAUCAGAACAAUGUGGUCCACAUGUCCAGCAGAGGAGCCUCACUGACCCAGGCAGUAGAGUCCGUGUCCUGCCGACCACGCCGCAAACGGAGGAAACAGCGAAAGUGGGAGCGCCGGAGAUGCCGAAGAGAGAGCCAGUCCUCUGGGCACCCAGAGCAGGAGAGCUGUGCCCCAGUGCCGGUCCAAGUGCAGGAGGAUGAGACUGAAUCCAGUGGAUCUUACUCGCAGAGUCUGGGGAUACAGGAGACUGAGGUGCCUGGCUUACCAGCCAUGGAGCCAGGGAUACCCAUCCGGGACACACAGGACUCUUACAGGGACUCGGGUAGCAAGCUGCCCUACUUAAUCUCUGAGCCCUGGAACUGGCUUAUGUUUCGCAACAGGCUGCACAGCCUAAAGUUGUUUAGUGAGGAGAGCAGCUGUCUUCCAGCCUCCUCCUCUUCCUCCACCUCGUCCGAGAGUAUGGAAGUCCAGCAGUUGGCGGUCGCAGCACUGCGGGGUCAUGUGAGUCUCGGGGAAGCCCAGCAUAUCGGCCCCUUCUUCCAGAAGGUGAAGAGUGAGGAGAGCUUGCCAAAGGAGGGCUGCAACGAGGGAGUCCUCCUUCAUGAGGAUCUGACUCCGGUGGACUCGGAGUACAGAGAGAACAAGGAGUACAAGAUCUGCCGCCACCUGCAGAACGGUGCCUUUGGGGAAGUGUACCACUGCAGAGACCAAAGCUCUGUCUUUGAAUUUGCAGCAAAGAAGAUAUCCCUGGACAGAUUCCGCUGGGAGGAGGUCAGCUCGUGGAGUGCUCUGAGCUCCCCUCGGAUCGUCCAGCUCUUUGGAGCUGUGAGGGAGGACUCCUUUGUCACUCUCUUCAUGGAGCACAUCUCAGGUGGCUCCCUUGCCAGGCUCAUUAAAGACAAUGGCCGACUCCCUGAGGACCGUGCGCUGUUUUACCAGGAGCAGGUUUUAGAGGCGCUGGAGCACCUGCAGAAACGUCGGAUCCUUCACAAGGAUAUCAAAGCAGACAACGUGUUGCUCUCAUCAGAUGGACAGAAGGCUGCCCUCUGUGACUUUGGCCACUCGGUGAAGCUUGAUGCCAAUGGCUUUAGCCCGGGGCCUCCAACAGGGGAGGACCUGCAGGGCACCGAGACGCACAUGGCCCCUGAGCUGGUGAACGGAGAGGCCUGUAGCGCCAAGGCUGACGUGUGGAGCAGCUGCUGCAUGAUGCUUCAUAUGUUGAAUGGCUGCCACCCUUGGACACGUUAUUACAAGCAUCCACUGGUGCUCAAGAUUGCUAACGAGCCCCCACCCGUGAAGGAAAUUCCCCCCAGCUGCAGCUCCAGCACUGCUGAUGUCAUCAGAGCGGGACUAGAGAAGGACCCGACAAAGAGGGCUUCGGCCGGCGAACUGUUGGCGAAGGUCACGGAGGCCCUGAGAGAUGAAGUCCUAGCACUUUACGCUGGUUUGAUGUUGAGUGACACUCCGACGUCAUGUUUGUGUGUCUUCUUGCACUUUACAGUAGGUGGGUUGAGGAGCCCAUUGCAUGGACCUUAUCAGGAACCAGCAGGCCCUGCAGCAGACCCCCCAAAGUCGGAGGUGGGAGAUAGCCAGGCUCUCGAGUCGGUCAAAGACAGCAGGGAGCAGGAGCCAGAGGGCCACAUGCCCUAUAGGACGGGGGACGAGGAGUUUGUCACCGAAUCACCACAGGCACUCUCCUCCCUUACCGUGUGGCCGGUGAGCGAUCCCAAAAUCCACUGCCAGGGGCGAAGCUACACCGACUCGGCGCAGGAGCUGCAGCAGCUGGAGCGAGACUUCUUCUUGAGCAGCCUGUCCCAGCCGCACUCUCCAGAGGUGCAGGAGCAGCUGCUGUCCUGUCUGUCCAGUGACAGCUUCCCGUACUGGGACCCCGGUGACAAGGACUCUGGGCGAUACCCGUCGAGUGUGAGGGACGACCUCAGCUCUGGCAUUUAUUCCUACAACAGCCAGACAGACGGACAGCUCUUCAGCUUAGAGAGCUGGCUGGGGCCCAGUGGGGAAGCCCCCGUGUGCCUGAAGGGUGUGGACAUUCAAAUCCAGGGCUUCCAUGGUGAGACGCUGCUGAUUCGAGAGUCGCCCAGGGUGUCCGUGGGCCAUGUGGCAAUUGGCAUCAGCGAGCAGAUCUCCGCUGCCGCCUUUAGCCUGGUCAGGCAUGAUGGGAGCCCAGUGCUGAGUAAUGAAGAAAUCCCCGAUUCGGGAAUCGCCCUGCGCUGCACGCUGGCACCAGACUGCAGUCUGGGUUGGGCGUGGAGGGUCAAACAGGGCAAGCUGGAGGUGCGCGUCUUAAAUGCGCUGAAAGCCGCAGGGUCGCAGUUCAAAGCCCAGCCGGGCCUGCGAUGCCCAGUGUGAAUUCGCACCCCCUCUGCAUGUGCCGUGGGCAACUUGGCACUCUUUUAUCCUGUAGCAUUACCGACACGCUGAUGAAUGUUUAAAAAAUGACAAUAAAAAUGGUGUAAAACAAGAAA